AGACAACGGAAUUAACAAUAAACUUAACAUUUAUAUGAAAAAUGUGAUUCAUUAUUGACAAAUUUCAAAAGUCCGCUACAUUGUAUAUGCUAGAAUUUAUUCACGAGAAAGCCUUUGGCAUGCUCAGGAUAUUCAAAAACUAACAACUACUUUGUGAGUUUAAUUUAAAUUUAAUUAUUUUUAAUUGAAUUUACGAAAAGUUGUGAAAAUGUUGUAGUUCAUUUAAAAUAAAUUUGAUGGUAUUGAAACCGAUUAAAAACUAUCAACUAGCACAUACACUCAAACAACAUGAUUCAACCAGUACACAUAACGACGAAAUAAAUUUAUUGCACUUAAAAUGUGUGGCUUUCCAAAAUUGGCUUCUUAAUGAAAGAAAACUGGGAAGACAAUUUAAAUUUUAAAAAUAAGAUCUGCAUAUUUGAAAACAACCCUUUUAUUAGGAAAGGAAUUAAUUUUAAUGUCAAAAUUUUGCCAGAACUCCCAUCAAAUUGAAUCAAUACUCCCAUUAAGAAACAAAAAUAACAAAAACAAACACAAAUAUUUAAAGACUUCUGACAACAUCUAUAUUUCUGUAACGUACCCUGACGCAAAGUUGGGAUACUUAAAAACACACAAGAAACACAAACUCAUGCACACACACACACUCUCUCUCUCUUACUGUUUCACAUGCUUGUGCGCGUGUGUUUGCGUAGUAAAACUGGUAACCUCCAUAGGUCAUGCAACGACGCAUGGACGGAUCGGAAAGCUUCAACAGGAACUGGACUGAAUACAAAAACGGAUUUGGAAAUCCGAGCGCUGAUUUUUGGAUCGGAAACGACAACUUGUACCAGAUGACGUCGACCAGCAGGUACAAGCUGGUGGUUGUCAUGGAAAACUAUAAUGAAACCUUGGUUUGUGCAGCUUACGAUUCAUUCAGAAUCGGUUCACCUGAUAAUAAUUACACUCUCUACGUCGCUAACUACAGUGGAAACGCAGGGGAUUCCUUAAUACUGACCCACAACGGCAUGCCAUUCUCCACAUUCGACAACAAUCAUGAUAAUUUCAACUGUGCAGUUUUUUAUCGUGGAGGGUGGUGGUUCCAUGCCUGCUUCUCAUGUUUCCUCAACGGUCUAUACUCAUAUAACGCUACUAGAAGAACCUAUGAAAACUGGUGGGGAACAUUUUCAAAAACGUUUGCUUUGAAGUUUAUCGAAAUGAGAGUCGAGCUACUUGAAGAAAAUAAUUUUUAAAUGAAUCAAAACUUAAAACAGAGGAAACUGAUGAUUUUAUUGCUAAAAUGAUGUCGAAUUACCCAACAAUAUACCUGCUAACAAAUUUGUUACGUUCUUUUAAAAUUUUUCAAGGUUUUUUCAAUCAUUUUUAUCAUGCCAUAUUUAUGCAUCCAGUAGUUUACAAUUUAUUCCAUGAUCUCAGUCUAACAACUUUCCACAAUAAAAUAAAAUUAUUUUUUCAAAUACUCCAGCUGUUCUAAUAUUUAGAUUUCAGCCAAAGUUUUUUGUCGUAUGUCUGAUUUUUGAAAGUAUAAAUAUAUAAGUAUAUACAAUAUCCCCAGUUACUAAGCAUUAUGCGGUCAGUUGAGUUAACAAAAUAAUAUAUCUGUGGUGUCGAGUAAAAAAAUGGAUGUUUGAUGAGAUUGAUAAUUGUUUAUGUUACUGUUUGCCGAGUUUGUGCAAAUUUGUAUGUGUAAUGAAACAAAUAAAUUUGUAUAAAAACAUGUUUUUAUACAGUUUUAUUUUAUUAUAUAUGCAUGUAUGUGUAACAAUAUUAUUAAUUGUUAAUGUUGCUGUUUGCAGAGAACUCCAUUUUGUUCAAAUUUUAUACACUCCCAAAUAUGAUAAAAUUAUUUCGUCACGAACAAUCACAACGUAAGACAAAAUAGUUUCAGAAGUGACAUCCCACUUUUGAUAGUAACAUGAGUAUGAAAAGUUGUCUAUAACUUCAAAUUGUUAUUUGAGAAUAAGCUUCAUUCAUCUAUGACCCUAUGACAUUGUUGUAUGGUCCGAUCUGUCUUCUGUGUACGUAAGUGAGCGACAUGAUGGCUGUGAGGGCCAGGAUGAACAACAUGGUUAUAAUCUUGAAGUUAGCGAUGAAUAUGUCGCAGUAGUGAGUGAAGACGACUCGGUAGAGAGCAAACGUGCAAGGAACGUAUGCUUCCGAAUUAGAGAAGUCUUGGCAUCUCGUGAGAAGGUGUACAGUCAGCAUGAGUCUGUCCCGCUGUAUACUGAGCGGCACGUGCAGUUCAUUCAGGAAGUACUCGUUUAUGCUGACACCAUCCCCUGCCAGUAGAGCCAGGCUGUAGAGGGCCUGGGGAUCGCCGGCGAGUGCAGCGUUGACGUACAUCCUGAUGGCUGCCUGCUUGUCCACACGGCCUUCCUUGCCGUGGUGGUAAUAAUAGUGGGCCAUCUUGUUCCAGGCUUAUGGAUCGACAUCCUUGGGUGCCCUCCUGCGUCGAGAGGUUGUAGUGCCUCCACUGGCACUCCUUCUCCAUGUAUUUCACGUACCCACCCUAACAUGCAAUCAUCGUUCCGCAGUCAAAUUUCAUCAGGUAGUAAAUCAUCAAAUAAUCAGUUACGUGUAUUUUAUACAAAUUGAAGUUAUCUUAUUUAAUCAACCAUCUAUAAUCAUUCAAUUAAUUAAUUAACCAUUUAUAAUCAAUCUAUCAGUUGAUUAACCACCCAUAAUCAAUCAAUUAAUUAGCCAUUCAUAAUCAAUCUAUUUGUUGAAUAACCAUUCAUAAUCAAUCAAUCAUUUACUAAUCAUCUAUAAUCAAUCAAUCAAUCGACUGAUUGAAUCGUCAAUCAACUAACAUUAUCUUCGUCGCACAGGUAAGCCAGAUUGAAGUUUCCAACCUCAACACCUGUAGUGGCUGCCAUCAAAUAAUAAACAAGUGCUGAAUACC